UCGCGCAAGACGCCGUGCUCGACGAGAGCGAGUGCGUGAGUGAUUACGAAUCGCAGCCUCGAUAUUUGGCAGGGUUUAGUGUACAGUUACUGAGGUUUUGGAGCUUCGGUGUUAUGAGUUAUGAGUCCUGCUGGAGGUCAUGAACGAAGAGUAUUGCAGGUCUCAGGGAUCGAGGGUGCACCGAAAGCGGCCGAAGCUUUAUUGGAGAGAGUGCGAGCUGGACCUGGAGCCGGACGUCGAGAGCUUCAUCUCGCUGUUGUAGACACGGUGGUGGUGGUGCUGCUUUAACUACUGGUAGCACGUCGCACGAGGGACAAAGAUACACAAUUGACUGAUCGAGGAGCUCGGACCAUUUGACCUCAUCUCGUGAUGCCGUCGGUAGCUAUGGGGUUGACUUUUACGGGCCCCUUCAAUUUUCACUCCAGGCUUUGGAGGGAUCGCAUUGAUGUGUCUCACGCAUCUGCAGUCAAAUUACACUAUGGAAACGGUGGAUUUCCCCGGCUUAGAGGGAGGGGAAGUCCGGGAUCCUGGGUUCGUUGCGGACUGGAAGCAGGCGGAAUGGCGAGAGAGGAGGAGGAGGAGGUUGUUCACGAGCAAGGAAUCUCUAGAAGAACAGUCGCUGUUUUCUGGGAUCUUGAUAACAAGCCUCCGAAUACUGUGCCUCCUUAUGAUGCAGCUCUGAGAUUGAAGACUUUAGCUGGUGAGUUAGGGGAAGUCGUGGAUAUGGUUGCAUAUGCCAACAGGAACGCAUUCACUCAUGUACCUGCGAGGGUCCGGGAGGAAAGGCACGAUAGAAAACUUUUGGACCAGCUCGAGAGAAGGGGUCUGGUGGAGGUGGAACAGCCUUACAUCUGUUCCAUGUGCGGGAGAAAAUGUAAAACAAAUUAUGCUUUGAAGAAGCAUUUCAAGCAGCUACACGAAAGAGAGCGGCAGAAGAGGAUGAAUCAUCUAGAUACUCUGAAAGGCAAGAAGCGAGUCAAAUUUCUAGGGAAGGUUGUAGAAAAGGAAGUCAAAUACAAGGAAGCAGCUAGAACGAUUAUUGUACCCAAGGUUGGGUACGGUUUAGCAACGGAGUUGAAAAGAGCUGGAGUGAUGGUGAGAACGGUGGAGAGCAGGCCUCAGGCUGCCGAUGAGGCCCUUAUCCAGCAUAUGACUUUGUACAUUAACAGGGGCCUAGAUUGCCUCUUUUUGGUAUCAGAUGAUUCAGACUUCCUAGAAAUUCUUAGAUACGCCAAAAGUAGAAGGCUGUACACUGUUGUUAUUGGGGACACUCACAUUUUGAGAAGGGCAGCAGAUGCCAGUUUCCUGUGGGAAGACGUCGCUUCUGGCAAAGCCCUGCAAACUGCCAGGGAUACUUUCCAAAGGUGGGUCGCUGAAGAUGUUUUACGAGAGGAGUUGCAGAACCAGUAUGAAGAUGAAGAAGAUGAAGAAGAUGGAGUUUGGUAUUCCGAUUCUGAGGAUGGGUAUCUGUAUGAAGACGGGGACGCCGACGCGUAUUAUGAAAACGAUGCCAACGAGGAAGAUUAUGAUUCCGAAUCUAGUGGUGAAGAAGAAUAUCAGAGUAGUUUUUCGCCGUCGCAAGGCAAAUCCCUUUAGUGAUUUGAAGCGACUUGUUCUGCUGCUCCCGUUUCUGCCCUGGUCUACCUUCCCUCUCGAGAAUCCAAGUGGUUACCGACUCAUGUCACUGGAUUGCCGCUAUCAUGUUUUGAUUGAUGGGCGGGGAAGAUAGACAUUAUGCGCUCCAGUGUCAACGCUUAACGAGUCUCGAGCAUAAGUACAAGAUGGCAAAUCGAGAUAGCUCCGCAAUUUUUUGUCUCUUUCGAAUAGAACGGAUGAAAGAUGACUAAGAUGUCUGAGGUGAUUGGAAACAGGAGCUGAGAUCAGGAAAAGCAGGUUUAGUGCUACAUAUCCAGCACAUGCAUUUGUACAACAAUAGUUUUCAGGAUGUAAAGAACGUAAUGGUAGAGAUGACUUGCAAACCGCUCAUCUUCUUCCUGGUUGUUUUCCUGUUAUUGUCUGUCCCUUGCCCUGGACCCUGGAAAGCAGAGACUACUCUCUGACAACUUCUACAAGUUGGGUUUGCAAGCGGAAGCGGACAACUUUUUGACGUAUGGCUUGAGUGUGAUAACUCAGAUCUGCUAAGCGGAGAGAUGACCAGAGUUCACCCAUACACGAGUUUAAAAUACCUUGCAAGUCUUCACCGGUUUAAUGGGAGGUAGACAAGAGGAUUUGUUGGAGGUUGGGCUUGAACGUACCUUGUCACAGUUGCUGCUUCGAAAAGCAUUGGGACUCGCAUACAUGGCAGCACCAGAGCAGAGUGUACACUCUCCGAGGGCAUUACACAGUUGUCAACCGAGGAGCUAUUUAGAAAAUAGAGGGACCUGUCUUUGGAAAGAAGAUUCUUGUUGAUAUUGUUGAGACUGAGUCUGGUUAUAAUGACGCCCAGUUCUCGAGGAAGGGAGAAAUAUUCUGGAGUUUCAGCCGAAAUCAAAAUUCUCAUAUUGUGGAGGAAGUAAACUAGUGCAGCUAACUUGAUUGUACAUGUGUGCAAUAUGUCUUGACAACGUAGGGAAUGAAAAGAAACGAAGCAUAGUACAGUACUCCACUUGCGUACCACGUGUUGGUGCGAGCACCGAAUGUUCUUUGUAAUUCUAUCAACCGUCUAUUAUUCGUCUUGCUAAAAUAUUUUUUUCACCAGUUAAUCGUC